UCUCUCUCUCACAAAGCAAAACAAAAAAAGAAGAAGAAAAAAAUGUCUGGGAAGGAACUUGGCCAAGAGUUCAAGGAACUCGUCAGCUCCUUGCAAGACCAAGGAAUUUUGGACGAGCAAUUUGAUCAAAUGAAAGCAGUUCAGAAUGAACGAAAUCCUUGCUUUGUUGCGAAUUUGAUCACCACAUUCCUUGGUGAUGUUGAAAAUAUUUUGGCACAACUCAGCACAUAUCUGAGUGCUGAGGAUCCUGAUGAAGUCAACUAUCCCCAGGUGGCAACUCUUGCCCUCACGCUCAAGUACAGUGUUGGUGGUUGCCGGAUGGCGUUAGCCUGUAGCCAGCUCCGAGAUGCAAGCGAUGCAAAUGACCAUGAAGAGUGCAUUAUUGUUCUUGACCUUGUUAACCAACAGUUUCUCAUCUUGCGGGAGAAUCUGAAUCAUAUUUUCAGGUACCGGUAA